AAAACUAAUUUAUAAUCUAAAAUUUCAUUACGAAGCCUAAAACGCACAGUAGAUUUUGGAUAAAGACUUUAAUAAAGGCCCAAUAUAAGCCCAUUGGACUCCGAUAGUAGACCAUCGUCUAUUUACAUGUCACCUCCCUUCGCCGGCGCUUGUUACCACCGUCAACAUCGCCGCCGGCCAGAGAGAAAAUGGCUGCGUAUCACCAACCAUACGAUCCUUACUACGUCUACAAUCCUCUCCCACAGCCGCUCCAGCAUUUCGCCGACGAACCUGGGGCGAUCAACACACUCUUCGUCUCCGGCUUGCCUGACGACGUCAAGGCUCGUGAGAUCCACAACCUCUUCCGCCGUCGUCCCGGAUUCGAGUCUUGCCAGCUCAAGUACACCGGACGCGGCGACCAGGUAGUUGCAUUUGCAACAUUCUCGAGUCAUGGAUUCGCCAUGGCUGCAAUGAAUGAGCUAAAUGGUGUGAAGUUUGAUCCUCAAACAGGAUCGACUCUGCAUAUAGAAGUAGCUAGAUCAAACUCUAGAAGAAAAGAUAGGCCAGGAAGUGGGCCUUAUGUCGUAAUUGAUAACAGAAACAAGGAGACAUCGGACGACCAGAGUGAUGAAGGGGAAAGCGAUCCUUAUGAGGCGCAGGAACCUGGAAAUAGCAAUUCUCCAAAGGAAAUUGAUAAUACCAAAAGCGAAGUGGACUCUGAUCAAGAUAGUAAAGCACCACCUACUAGUGGGUAUUUGGAAAAAGCAUCUGAAGGAGGUUCUGGCGCUCGACCAUGUUCCACCUUGUUUAUAGCCAAUCUAGGGCCUAAUUGCACAGAAGAUGAACUCAAACAACUCCUGUCUAGAUAUUCUGGUUUCAACAUCCUGAAAAUACGAGCAAGAGGCGGAAUGCCAGUUGCAUUUGCUGAUUUUGAGGAAAUUGAACAAGCGACUUAUGUCAUGAAUGAUCUUCAAGGCAACCUCCUAUCCUCUUCAGACCGAGGCGGCAUGCAUAUAGAAUAUGCAAGAUCCAAGAUGAGGAAACAGUAGAAGAUUCUCAUAAACAGUAAGCCUCACUUCCGAGAACAUGAUUGAGAGAUCAUAAGCGAAGGAACCUGUGUUUCUUAUUUUUAAGUCACCACUAGUUUAAUUGUUGUCAUGAAGAUGGGUCCUUCUAUGCUGACACAUUCGAAAUAUGUGUAUAUAUUUAUCUAGCCAAAGAUUUACUCAAGGCUCCAAGAUUUUUACUGUUAAGAUCUUAAAAUCUUGUGUUGGAUA